AGGGGUUUGGGGUGGCUGGCUGUCAGUCAGGGUGCAAAUCAAAUUAAGGCUGGUGACGACCUCCCUGUCCACACACCACCUCCACCUCCCACCCUCCCGGUAAAGUGAUAUCACACGGUGUCAAGCUGUGGUGCCAAACCGCCCCCCGGUGCAGCAGCAGCCACGCCGAGCGAUGCCACUCAGCAUCAGGACCACCACCUCGUCUCAUCCGUCUCCAGCGCUCCACAGAGGAAGAGGAGGAGGAUGCCAUGAGAUUCCCCACAGGCCCUCACUUGCACCUGGCUGUGCGUGAACCGGGAGGAUAACCGAACCGACCGGAGGAUAAUGACGUGAUGGUUCCGGUUGUAUAGCGAGAGAGAGCGCAGGAGGGUCUUUAAUGAACCGGUGCUGCUGGAGAGAGAGAGAGAGAGAGAGAGAGAGGACAUCACCGGACUUACAAAGAAGAAAACGGUCUCUCAAACAGGUUGCUGAGAUUUCCUUCAAUCUGAAAGGGGGCUUUGCAGCACAAUCAAGGAUCCUAUCCCCCCAGAUGGUGACUUGUACAGGAGUUACAGUGAGAGGAGGUUUUGAGAGUAAUGCUCCACAGGCCUGUCAUGGUUUCCUACCUUCUCACACUCCUCCAUCUCUGCAUCUCCCGCUGUCUUCUAAUGCAUUAUAGAAACCUUUGUUGGACGGUUUGAUGGAGAGCUGGUCGAAUGUCAGCGGGAACUAUUGUUAUAUCCGGAGGAAUUCUCGCCGGAGUGAUACUGCUGUGCAUUGUAGCAGUGCUCUGUUACUGUAGACUCCAGUAUUACUGCUGUAAGAAGAAUGAUUCUGAGGUGGACGUGGGCUCCGUGGUGGGAGCGGACCCUCUCUCUCACUUCCCCUGCAACGCCUGCAACGCCCUCGCCAUGGACGGCGCCGCCAUCACCCCCGUCUCUCUGGAUCAGCUGGACUCGGGUUCUCACCACAGCCACUGCCCCACCUGCUCGCCGUACUCCCUCCGCUCCGGACUCACAGACGAGAUGCGUAACGGCGGCGAGCGGCUGGGCUUCCACACCUACUACGAGAACCCGUGCGUCUCUCUCCCGCUUUCUGCCAACCCGCAGAGCUCCUCCCCUCUGAGUUACUACGGUCCCACGGACAUGUUUCCUCCCCCACCACCACGCCCCUACAGCACCCAGGUCUGACCUCUGCUGCACCAUAAAGACACACACAUAUAGAAAACCUUUCUGACAUUUAGCACAUGCUGUUUUGGGACAAAGUUCAGGUGAUGGAUUACGAUACAGCACAAUUACACAAAUGCCCACAUUACUGACUCAUUCGUCCAUGUGGUUGACCCAUAAACUGAGCCCACUGACGGAGCCUCUGUGUGGGCAACAAAUCCCUGGACCAAACCCACAGGGAGCUACAGACAGCAGCAUAAACCAGUGUUAGAUCAGCAGGGAAGUGGUACAUAACUCUAGUACAAACCUCAUUUUGUUUCACACAAGGCCAAAUCACAUGCGGUACUAAAAUGUGUCUAAAUUUAGGUGCAAAACGCACCUGGAUUAAUGCAAGCCAAUUUUGAAGGUGGACAGGGACACACGUGACCAUGCAUGUAGUAUAUAUAGUGUGGACACAAAAGGGUCCCUAUAGGCACACUGAAAGACAGCCAAGUCAAUAUUCUUGUGUAGGUGCUAGGAAUAAUUUUAAGCAAUUCCCAUAAAGCCAUGUUAAUGACUUAUUCUUAGCGAUUAAUCAUUAAAAGCUUAUAAAAUACAAAAUACAUGUUUUUUCCCCGAAAAAAAACUAGCUUUUUUGCACCUUAUGGUUUGAGUCAUGAAUUAAAUAAGUAAGGGAUAAUGUACAGCGAGCCGCUAACCCCGACACGGCGAUUCACGUCUGGGUCUUGCAUCGCCCUGAAGGGGUUUAUAUCACUGUACAUUAUCCCGCUUAUUACACGGCUACUUACUAAAGAAAUCAAUAAUUUGACACAAAUAUGGCCCAUAACAAACCACAGAACGCUGUGUUUGAUCAGAAUCGAGUAUUCUGGAUGUAACGGUGUGAUUAAGUACUAAAAGAAAGGAAAAACUUAAACCCAAGUAAAUAUUAAUUGACAUUAACAUAAUUGAUUCGUUUAUUAUUAGUAACUUUAAUCUCCAAAGCACAGCGUGUUGAACUGUUCACAUUUGCAUGUUCAGCUGAUUUGCUAUUAAAAAAAACUCUCUAGGUUACGCUAGUAAUUAAUUAGGAUUAAUAAUUCAUUAGUGUAAUUGAACACAGUCUCCAUUUUCUCUACAAUUAGCACCAAAUUACACGGGUCCUUUAGGAAACUUCGUGGGGAAGUAUGAGGAAAUUAUCGUUAUUAUUAUGGACCCAUAAAAUAUAGCAUUAGCAAAUUUUCUGCUCCUUCUCCAACUGCUAUUAUUCACUAAUGACAUUAACUUUGAUUUUUAUUUUCCAUUUGAAUUGGGACAACGUACAUUAAUCAACAUUCAAACAAAUGUAAAUGUUCCCGAGUUAGCUGAGAGGCUAUUUUCCAUCAUCAGUCCCUUUCCCUGAUGUUGUUAGGCAUCCUAGAAUAAUAAAGAUAAUACAAUAUGUACAUUAAUUGAGAACUACAUUGUGGUAAAAAGCAUAUACAAUACAGGUAACACACUUAUAAAGUGUCAAGACCUUAAUAACAUUUCUUUUUUUUGUUCUUUAGACACUAAAAAACAAAGUUCAGCUCCUUUUUCUGUCAAAAGGCUGAAGCCUACAAAUGCCUAUAUGAAGUAAAAACAUAAAAUAAUACGCUACCCUGACCUCCUGACUGACAUCUCAAUCACUGAUUGAGUUUUUGUGGUUCUAGUUUGACAAACUCCCAAAACACUGAUGGAUUAUUUGCCUUUGUCCAUAGCCAAGUCGGCUUGGAUUAGCCACGGAAAUCCUCUUCUCCGCCUGUAUAGCCGGGGAUAUAUCUUUUUUUUUUGUUUAGCAGCAUCCAUAGUUUUAAAAUACAUAUGAGCUGGGAGGUGAUAUGGAGGAUUAUUGUAAUGGAGGGUGUUAGCUGCAGUCUGUUGUAGCUUGGUCUUUACAGUCUGACUGUGUGGUUAUAUGAUACAGCGUCUGAAAACGACCGCCACCUUGUUAGUUUCUGUUAUUCUCACCUGCAUUGUUCCCGCUCUCACCGUGCUGGUGUUAACUGAGAGGGUCAGUGUUCGCCAGAGAAACCCUCCCCCACCCCCUCCAGCUUACUGUACAUGAGGGCUAACAGUUUUUUCUAUUAGGUGUUGUUGUUUGCCAGUUACACAAACUACUAAUGGAGCUUAAUAGCUUUUCUCCAGACACGAAGAGUGAAGGAGAAACUACAAGUUUUCAAGCAUUUUUCUGUGCAUCUUUUGUGCAAUUAUUUGAAGGAGUCUAGUUUUAGUACGCUAGAAAAGUAUGAAUUUAGUUUGCUUGUGUUUUCACUUCAGUCGUAAUGAAACUAGACAACUAAAAGGAGGCAGGUUCUGCAGCGUCUUCCAUAUAAGUCGAUAUAACGUUUUCAUGUUUACAGAUUGAGAUGGAUGAACAGAAAGAAAAUCAUCCUCACAUUUUAGAGGUGUUGAAAGGAGACACUAAGAUUAUGUACCAUACUUUGUUGAACUUGAAGCUUACGUUUUGUAACUUAUAAGCCAUUAUAUCUGCUACACAGUACAGUAACAAGAUGCAGUGUUAUUCCACAGUAUAUCUGAAGCUAUAUAUUUUCAAGGAGUGUUGUAGUUUUUGUGAGGGAUGUCAGGGUAUAAGUGUGUUUUUAGUGAAUUUUCCAUACUCUUCAGUCAUUCUUCCAUGUUGACUUUUCUCUGUAUUUCUGCCACUUGAUGAAUACAUGGAGAAGAGAAUAGAAAUGUACAUUUGGAAAACAGGAAAUUCACUUUAAAAUCGUCCUUACAUUUAGCUAAAAUGUGAAAAAUAGUAAAAAAAUACAGUGAUAUUUAGCAUAACAGAUUAGACGUAUAAAAGAUAUUUAUUCUGUAUUUUCUCACACCACAUUGUUUCCACUGAGCUGUGAGCUUUAUUAUCACAUCUCUUAGCUUUCCUCACCUCACAUCCCCCUUGUUCUUCAGAAGUAUGUGCUAAAUUAUAUACUGUAUGUAAAAACAACUUCUUGAUUUAGACGUCCACUCAGCAUUGGUGUUCACUGCCACAUAGCCAAUAUACUCACUCAACAAGGUGAAAGGGGUGUUUAGUUGUUGUGAUGACCAGUUUGUUGCACCACAAAGAGCACCGUCAGAACUGAACUGUUAUUUUUAGUCAGUCUUUUUUCUGACUGUUGAAAUGUAUUUUUCGGAUUUUUUUCUGUAUAAAACUAAGAGUAAGUUUUGGUAUUCCCUGAUACAGUGAGGAAAAAAAUCCACCACGUUUCACAAAUUGUUCCUUUUUUUUUGAAGAGGAAUAAAUGUUUAUAUCUGC